CACCAUCACAACUUCAUGACCAACAACUUGUUAUUUAUUCAGUUGGCCGCUGGCCCGCGAAGACUUCGCACGAAUACGCGCAUGCGAUUUUAACCACUCCACGAAAAUAUUUACGCGUAAUGGGAAACUUCAAAAUCGUUGAUUUUAACGAAUUGGACGAAGUAGCGCAAACAUUGGUGAAAGAAGCGGUGUCAGUGAGAAAAAGAGCGUAUUGUCCUUACUCGAACUUCGCCGUAGGAGCCGCGCUGGUGACAGAGGUUGACUCCAAAGUGUACACUGGCUGCAACGUUGAAAAUGCUGCUCUCGCGCCCUCAAUUUGCGCUGAGAGAUGCGCAGUGCCCAAGGCGGUUUCCGAAGGUUACACGAAGAUGUCCAGAAUAGCCGUGGUCGCCCAACAAGAAGAAUUCACGGCUCCGUGUGGAUUCUGCCGACAAACCCUCAGAGAAUUUUGCGCAUCCGAUGGAGACAUGGUUAUCUACCUGAGCAAACCCACCAUGGACAAAGUGCUGUGUACAAAACUGUCGGAACUGUUACCGAUCUCCUUCGUCACAUUUAAAGAGUAGAAUCAAGUUCUCAUGAACCUUAUGUUGAAAAUAAUAAGUGCAUUCAUUUAAAUAUA